AUGCAUUGUCAUACACUAAAGGAAGUGGGUGAGUUAGUUUAUAUGGAUACAACUGCUGGAUUAGAUGUUCUUAAUACUCCCCUUACAAUUCUCUCGACAAGCACACCUGCAGGUGGUUUGCCUCUUGGCAUGAUUAUUGCUUCAGACGAAUCAGCAAAUACCUUCACAAAAGCUCUAGAAAUAUUAAAAUGUCUGAUUCCAUCAGCAGGAUUUGGUGAACGUGGAACUGCUCUUGGUCCACAGGUAAUAAUGACAGACGAUUGUAAAGCUGAAAAAACAGCAUUGCAUAAUACUUGGAAAAAUGCAACCUUACUGCUAUGUGUUUUUCAUUUCUUGCAAGCAAUGUGGCAAUGGCUUUGGGACGGAAAACAUGGUAUUUGUAACAAUGACCGUGUGACUUUAAUUGAAUACAUAAAAAAAAUAGUUUUUGCGAAAAGUGAAAUAACUCUUAAUGCUAUAUAUAAUGAUUUAACCACAAGUCAAAUUUAUUCAAAAUAUCCAAACAUUCAAAAUCACCUUAAAGCUUCUUGGGAUCAUCGCUAUGAAUGGGCUAUUGCCUUCUGCCAACAACUACCAAUCCGUAACAAUAACACUAAUAAUUUCGCAGAAGCCGGAAUUAGAAUUUUAAAAGAUAUCGUUUUUAAAC